GGCAGGCAGCGCGUCGUAAUUCGAACAGUCUUCGUUUACACUCGGAAUAGUCAACAGCUCAACAAGCCCUACAAUGUGCUCGUUAAUUAAUUGUUUGUUGUGUCCCGCGGUCGUUUGGCCAGCUUUAAUCGCAGUCGCAGCUUACUUUAUCAGGCAAUACAUGCAAGGUGGCAAAUUCGAUAAGGAAACUGAUGAGACUGGAAAGGUUGUGAUCGUUACCGGAUCAAAUACGGGCAUUGGCAAGGAGACGGUACUGGAACUGGCCAGACGAGGAGCCACUGUUUAUAUGGCCUGUAGGGAUAAGAAGAGAACGGAGGAAGCUCGUCUGGAAAUUAUUAGGGAAACCAACAAUCAAAAUAUUUACUUCAGGGAACUUGACUUGGCUUCCCUAGACUCGAUUCGAAAGUUUGCUGCUGAUUUCAAGAAUGAGCAGUACAAACUUCACAUACUCAUCAACAAUGCUGGAAUAAUGCAUUGCCCUCGAAUGUCGACAAAGGAUGGAUUUGAAAUGCAGCUGGGAGUUAAUCAUAUGGGACACUUUUUGCUAACCAAUUUGUUGCUCGACUUGCUAAAGAAAUCAGCUCCCAGUCGAAUUGUCAACGUUUCCAGCUUGGCUCACACAAUGGGCAAGAUGAACUUUGACGACUUGAACAGUGAUAAAUCCUACAAUUCGUACAGUGCAUAUAGUCAGAGUAAAUUGGCGAAUGUUUUGUUUACUCGCGAGUUGGCUAAACGCUUGGAGGGAACUGGAGUUACUGUUAACGCCCUACAUCCCGGCACUGUUCAAACAGAUCUUUUGAGACAUUACAAAUUUUUCGAAACAACAAUUGGACGAUUGAUGGUCAAAGGUUUCCAGUGGCUUCUUUUCAAAACAACCAAGAAUGGAGCUCAAACCACUUUAUAUGCAGCUCUUGAUCCUGACUUGAAUGGUGUUACUGGAUUGUACUUCAGCGACUGCAAACUAAAAGAUGUCUCAAAAGCUGCGAAAGAUGAAAAGUCGGCAAAACUGUUAUGGGAUGAGAGCGAAAAAUGGACCCAGUACAAAAAGUAGUAUUAUUUAAUAGAGCUUCUCUUUAAAAAACAAUUAUGUAACCUGCACAUUAUGACACAAUAUUUAUAUUUAUGUACUUCAUUAAAAUUCGCAUAACUUAACAA